GAUGUCUAUUUGAAUUUUGAUUUGGUUUAAACUUUGAAGUGAACAAAUAACGUAACGGCCAACGGAUUAUAAUUACGGUGUUUUAUAUUUACAUCUACUUGAUAUGUGGUUAUACAAAAUCAAAAUAAACAAUUACAAUUAAUUUGGUUCUGAUAUAAAAUUAUCGUGCAUGUAAAAAUAACAUAAAAUGUCCACACGGUCUGGAAAGCGUCUACAUAACUCACCCGGAUCAGAAUUAAAUCAAGAUGUAAAAAUCGAAAGAAAAACUCGUAGGCACAAACAAAAAGAAAAUUGUAAUGAUGCAACCGUGUCUAAGAAAAAACAUUAUGUUUUACGAUAUCCGUCUGAGGAAGAAAUUAGCAAUGAUGCUAGCAGCCAAAUGACCCUCCGAAACCGUAAAUCGCGUAGAAAUACUCUAAGCGAAGUAACAAUCAAUGAUGUUGAUAUUGCGAAACCUAUCAAAAUAAACCGACGGAAAAAAGCUGUUGAAAAUGAUAACUUAUCCCAAAAAACAAUUAAGAAAUCAAAAAAAAAGAAAAUUGUAAAAAGUGUUGCUCUAGAAAAUGAUAGUAAGGCUGCAAUUGAGGCCGAAAAUAAAGUAAUGAAAAAGAAGACAAGCUCUGGUUCGGUUGUCAUAGAAGAUUUAAAUAAUCAAAACAUUAAUAAUAAUUCAGUAAACAACAGUAAUAUUUCUGUUGAUUCUUUCCACAGUGCUGCUGCCAGCAAUGUUGGUAGCCCUGAGGAGCUUGUGUUAAAAAACAUAUGUAAUUUAAAACCAUCUGUUGAAAGCAUAUUUCUCAUUAAAGAGAAUAUGGAAUUCUCUUCUGAUUGUCAGCAGCAAAAAGUUCAGAAAGGUAUUAAUAAAAGUAAGCAACAAGAUAGAAAUACUCUAUGCAAAGAUGAUAAUAAAAAGUUAAUUAAAAUUAAAGGUGUUCCAAAAGAAAACUGUUAUAAUACAGAAGAGCACAGUCAUAACGCCUCUGCCUUCAACAUAUUAUUUGAUUGUAAUAAGAAAAGUAGAUCAAGUUUUAAAAAUUCCACAUUUACUGACCUAUCUACAGACAAUAUCGAAAACCCAUUAACUUUAAUGGUAGACCAGGCUGACAAGAAAAAUUCAUCCCUUAGAGUUUAUGACAAUAUUGAAAAUUCAACAAAAGGUUGUAAAUACAACAGUUUACAAAGGAACAGAUACUCAAAUGAUAAUACAUUAUUGGAAAUCUAUAAACUAGAAAAGAAACAAAAUAAGAAUGACUUACAGAAGAAAAGCAUUUCAAAAUAUGAAUCUCCAGCAGUUGAUUCUACAUUUGAAAAACAAACAACUCUUGAUAAACAUACAAGUAAUAUUUCUACUGUCACUAAGUCAACUGUUAAUAAACCUACCAAAAAGAAAACCUCCAAUACACCUAAUACACCAAUGAGAAAUACAUUAAAUUCAAAUGAAAACUCAAAUACAGUACAAAAUGGCACAAGCAAUGUAACAUUUGAAAAGGAUGUGGUAGCUUAUACAUUUGAUAAUAUUAAUUCGCAUGAAUCAGACAGCAUUCGGACAUCUAAUUCUGCAGAGUUACUACAGAUCGAUACUCAAAUUAAAUUAAACACAACUUUUGAAAAAGAAGAUAACAAUUUGGACAGUACUUUUGAUAAAGAAGGUACCAAUUUGAACAGUACUUUUGAUAAAGAAGGUACCAAUUUGAACAGUACUUUUGAUAAAGAAGGUACCAAUUUGAACAGUACUUUUGAUAAAGCUGAAGAAGUCUCAUCAUCAAUAAUAACUUCUGAUUCAUUAAUAACUAAUGACAAAUCAAUGUCACGCAUCAGUAUUACAAGUGAUGAAUCGGAAAGAGGUAACAUUAAUAACAUCACUCCAGUUAUUGUUGAGAGUAGUCUGGAUGAAUCCAAAAUUACUUAUAUAAGUCCAAAUAUUACUAAUAACGAGACAGUAAAAUCGCCACCAUCUGACUGUGUACCUGAUCAGAUAACACCUUCAAAUUCACUGCAGCGCGAGGGGACCUUUACUAAGGAAUCACAUACAGGUUUGACAUGUCCAAAAGAGUUAAGUACAUCCCCGGGACAUACACCAUUCCCUUCCUCAAAGCGCAGUUCAUACAAAAAGGCAGUUUUAAAUGUCACACGAUCUAUUGAAAAGACUCGAAAGUCAUCUAUUGCUGAGCUUCCUCACGCCACAAGAGUUAUGUUCUGUAGCCCUAUCAAUACUCCAAUGAUAACAAGUCAAAUAAAAGGCAAAGUUAUUAAAUCUAGUAUGAAAGGAUCAAACAAAAGUUUUGUGUUAAAUGAUCAAGAACCGUGUCGUGUCAGGUCAGUUCGCAAAAGGUCAUACACUCACAGUGGCUCAGAUGGCCUAGACUUCAAGCGGCAAAGAUUGGGUGAAGGGUCUUCAAACGGAGUGUCUCGCUCCAGGACCUCAAGUGCUUCAGGAAAAAUCCAAAACACUCCAACAAAAUUAACCCCAUCCAAGUCCAAAUCCGAGAUCACCCGCGUGGAAAGAAAGAAGCUGCCCAAUUUCGCCGCCCUGCAUCAGAAGGAAUUCGAUAAGAUGGAGUCUCUCGAUGAGUGUCAGGAACGCAAGGCUCGUCGCGCUCUUUUGUUGGCUGCCGGCACUUCGGCUGCCAAAAAGGACAGAGAUUCGAAGGUUGAGAGAAAACAAUCUGAGACGAACCAUACAUUACUAUCUGUGAACCCUGGAUACACGAGAUUCGGCUUCAGGAUGAAAUCUGACGUCAACCCGUUCGCGAGCGACUCUAAAGUGACCGAAUAUUCGAAACUAUCUCUAAAUACAACAAAUGUGAAUUCGUCUAAAAUUGUCGUUAAACCAAAGAGACCGCCGAACGAUUCGAAGAGACACGCUAAAUUGCCUUCCCUCAACGGCAGCACGGCUCGGAAGGAGAUAGCGAAACAGACUGUAAUGAGAGAAAAAUCGUUCGCAGAGAAGAGAAGUGCCAGCAGAAACGAGAACAGAACUAUAAUUAAGGGUGUGAGAACGAAUCGCCGCUUCGAGUUGCAGAUGCAAAUGCGGAAUCUUAAUUGACAUUUUAAAUGUUUCGCUCCGUUAUUAGCGUCUUGCGAAAAUUAUCUGGGUUCGAAUCUUCCUAAACACAACACGUUAACACGACUCGCUCGACGAGGUAUUAAUAUAUUAAUUUAGCUUUUAGAAAGAAUACUUUUUUUAUUAAUUUUUUUGUUGACUAGCACUAAUGUUUGGUUAUGGUUGCUAGAAGCACUAAUUGUUUUACAGGUGUGUGUGUUGGAAUUAAAAGAGAAACGUAAUUUUUUUUUGCUAAAUUCAGACACGGCACUGGAUUUCUAAUGCUUUAAAAAACUUACCUUAAUGGGUCAAAUAAGUUUGUGGCCUUAAAUAUUUGAUACAGGUACCGAAGCCAAAAGCCACGAAUAUAUAUAAAUUUGUUUCGUCUUUCAUAUCACUAAAAAUAAAGAAACGAAUCUAUACACAAUAGGCUUAUGGUACGUUUAUUGUGUAAAUACUUAAAUGUCUCUUUCGACAUGCUCAGCUAAAUAAAACAAAACUCUGGCAAGUUUCAUUUUAUUUUGCCACAACUGAAACUCCUGUUGGAUAUUAUUAUUCGUACGAUAUAAUAUAGGUAAUGUAGUAGUUUUAGUUUCAAUAUUAUGUAACAGACCAGUGUUGUUAUUAGUAAUUUUUUUAGAACGGAAAUGGAAUCGUAACUAUGAUCUUAAUCAGGCUAAUAUUAAAACUAAACAUAGAUUGAAUAUAAAUUGUGUAAUGAUAUAUGUGCUUUUAUUAAAUGGUUUAGUUAUA